AUGGUCAAAAGAAUCAAGCCGAUGCUACCGUUGAUUGUGUCUCCGAAUCAAUCUGCUUUUGUCUCUGAAAGGAACAUUUCGGAUAAUAUUUUGGUAGCUCACGAAAUUGUACAUGGUUUGAGAACUUUCAAACAUGUUGCUUCUCAGUUUAUGGCUAUCAAAUCUGACAUGUCCAAAGCUUAUGACAGAGUUGAGUGGGCGUAUCUCAGAGCACUGCUUUUAGCGUUGGGAUUUCAUCGGAAAUGGGUGGAGUUAACCAUGUUCUGUGUCUCAUCAGUUUCCUAUGCUGUGUUAAUCAAUGAUCAACCUCAUGGUUUGAUUGUACCUCAGAGAGGAUUGAGACAAGGUGACCCGUUGUCUCCAGCCUUGUUUGUAUUAUGUGCUGAAGGUUUGUCUCAUCUCUUGAAGAAGGCAGAAGAUGCUGGAAGGCUAAAUGGGAUUAAAUUCUCUUCGCAAGGUCCUUCAGUCAGCCAUUUGUUAUUCGCAGAUGAUAGCUUGUUCGUUUGUAAGGCAGAGAUUGAUCAAGCGACAACAAUUCAAGAAGUUUUGAAUAUUUAUGGAGAAGCAACAGGACAAGUGAUAAAUUUGCAAAAAUCUGCUAUUACUUUUGGUGCUGAGAUAAAGGAAGAAGUUAGAAAUGAGAUCAGAGAGAUUUUGGGAAUAUAUAAUGAAGGUGGAGUAGGAACUUAUCUCGGCCUGCCUGAAUGCUUCAGUGGAUCAAAGGUGGAGCUUUUUUCUUUUAUUAAGAAUAAGCUGAAGAAAAGACUUUCGGGUUGGUUUGCAAGAUCUCUUUCUUUAGGAGGAAAAGAAGUGCUCCUUAAGGCAGUGGCUUUGGCUUUCCCUGUGUAUGCUAUGAGUUGUUUUAAAUUACCAAAAACAACUAUAGCGAACCUCACAAGUGCGAUGUCAUCCUUUUGGUGGAAUUCGAUGGAGCAAAAAAACAAGAUUCACUGGGUUAAAUGGGAUUCUCUCUGUUUGCCAAAAGAUCUUGGGGGUUUGGGUUUUAAAGAUUUGGAGAGUUUUAAUCAAGCUCUGCUAGCAAAUCAAGCUUGGAAAGUUAUUCAAAACCCAAAUUCUCUGAUUGCCUGUGUUCUGAAGAGUAGAUAUUUUGAGAACAGAGAAUUCCUUGAAGCUGAGAUUGGAGCUAGACCUUCCUAUGGUUGGAGAAGCCUUCUCCAUGGUAGAACGUUGCUCAAGAGAGGACUAAGGAAGGAGAUUGGAAAUGGAAGAUCGCUAAGAGUUUGGAUUGAUCUGUGGUGUGAUUUUGGUGGACGAUGGAAUCCUUGGAUGAAGAAUCCGAUUAUUAAUCUUGAUUUAAAGGUUGGUGAUCUCUUAAACCAAGAGACAGGGGAAUGGAAUAGAGAAGCUUUGGAGGAAAAUUUCUUUCUUGUUGACAUUGAGAUAAUAACCAAGCUUCGAACUGCAGUAAGAUGUGAAGAUUUUUGGUGUUGGAAACAUAACAAAAGUGGAGACUACUCUGUCAAGUCUGGGAACUGGUUAGCUAUGAGAGAGGGCCUGAAGUUUGAAUUUCAGGAAGCUGAAAUACAGCCUUCGAUAAACAAAUUGAAGGAAGAAGUUUGGAACUCUUUAACGGCUCCAAAAAUUCAAGCAUUCAUGUGGAGAACUCUUUCUAGUGUGAUUCCUGUAGCCAGCAACUUGAGGACCAGAGACAAGUAUGGGCUUGUCGAAUUUUCCUACGCCUCAGGAUGGUUUUCACAGGGACUCCAUAACAGGAACAAAUUUGUUUUUGAAGCUAAAGAUCAGAAGGCGGUAGAGAUUGUUGAUAAUAUUUAUGAUGAAGCUUCAGCAUGGUUCCUGGCUCAACAGUUGGAUGAAAUGGGUGAACAAAAAGAGGAGGAAUUAGUAAGAUCUCAGAAGAGAAUUUGGUCAAAGCCGCCUUCUAAAUGGGUCAAAUGUAACUUUGGAGUCAAGUGGUUAAAGAAAGCCCAGACGAUGGGAGCUGCGAGGAUCGUUAGGGACAGUGAUGGGGAACCCCUUCUGCAUAGCAGGAAGUCUUUUAUUAAUAUAGUGUCACUUGAGGAAGUAAAGGAGAAAGCUCUUGCUUGGACACUAGAGUGUAUGGGUGCUCAUAAAGUAAACAAUAUUAUCAUUGCAGGUGAGGAUGCUGUCCUUAUGAAAGUCAUUGAGAGACCAAAAGCUUGGCCGUCCUUUACUUCUAUAUAUCAAAAGAUGGAGAAUUUUUUGGGCAAGUUUAGAUGUUGGAAAACCAAGGUUGAAUCAAGAAGCUUUAAUAGAUGUGCUUUUCUCAUUGCUGAUAGUGCUUCGACUGAUCGAUGGUACCAAUCUUAUGUUGCUAGAGGUGCUCCCCUUUGGAUUGCAAGUAUAAUUUCCUCUGAGAAAGUGUAG